CCUUUACCAAGAUGGCGGCGGCGCUCGUCAGCCUGGUGCAGCUGUUCCGGUUGCGUGGCCGCUGUGGAGUCAGGCGGAGGCUUCAGGUCUGAAUAGUGAAGCCCACAGCCACAACUACAUUGCAUGUCUGUGGAGAGAGGUUUAAUCCUUGUGAGAGGGGUGGGGAGGGAUCGGGGAAAUAGGACGUCGAGAAAAUGGAUUUCUCAAAGUUCCUGGACGACAACUUUGAGGUGAAGGAUUGGGUGAACGGAGCAUUCCAGGCGGUGCAGAAAGACGGGACAGGAAAGGUGGACAGUCACGCUGCUACGCUGGUCAUGAAACUGCAGCUUUUCAUCCAGGAGGUCAACAACGCCAUUGAAGAAACCAGUCACCAGGCGCUGCAGAACAUGCCCCGUGCCCUGAGGGAUGUGGAGGCUCUGAAGCAGGAGGCUUCCUUCCUAAAGGACCAAAUGAUCCUUGUGAAAGAAGACAUUCGGAAAUUUGAGCAAGAGACAGCGCAGUCCAUGCAGGUGCUGGUGGAGAUUGAUGAGGUGAAGUCCCGGAUGCAGGCGGCAGCCGAUGCCCUACAGGAGGCCGAUAAGUGGAGCACGCUGAGUGCUGACAUCGAGGAGACGUUCAAGACACAGGAUGUAGCUACGAUCUCAGCCAAGCUGACGAGUAUGCAGAGCAGCCUGGCCAUGCUGGCGGAUACCCCCGACUACUCCGAGAAGUGCGUCCACCUGGAGGCGCUAAAGAACCGCCUGGAGGCGCUCGCCAGUCCUCAGAUCGUAGCUGCCUUCAACUCGCAGUCUGUGGAGCAGGCCAAGCUCUUCGUGAAGGUGUUUGUGGAGAUUGACCGACGGCCGCAGCUGUUGACGUAUUAUUACAAGUGUCACAAGGGCCAGUUGCUGUGUGUGUGGCAGGAGUUGGCACAGAGUGAGACCAGGCUGGAGCACCAGCUGACGGAAUUCUACGAUACCCUCCUGGCAACGUGGCACACACAGCUUCAGUGGACCAAUCAGGUUUUCCAGAACGCCUCUGAGAUCGUGACGGUGCUGCAGAUCCAAACGCUGAGCGCGCUGGUGCCUUCGGUGCCCGUGUACCUGAGCACCGCGCUGGAGAGAGCCAGCAGCGAAGACAAGCUCAGCCUACUGCUGGACCUGCACGCCUCCACCACACACUUUGCAAAGAGCCUGGAGGCUGCCAUGCUGCCACACCUCGGGGAGAUGAACUUGCUGAAGGUGACUGAGCUGGUGACUGCGGUUGCUGAGCCCUACCAGCCGUACCUGCUACAGUACGGGGAGCUCGAGGAGGUCUUCCUGCUCAUCCAGAUCAGCGCCGUCCCCCUGGAGCGGGGGGAGCUGCUGGACUGUGUGCAGGAGCUCAGCCAGUCGGUCAGCAAGCUCUUCAGCCUGGCCAGCGGCGCCGUGGACAGAUGUCUCAAACUGACCGAUGGCCUUGGGGCCUGUGGGCUGCUUAAAGCCCUGAAGGCACUUUUCUCAAAGUACGUGUCGGAUUUCUCCACCACGCUGCAGUCGAUCCGCAAGAAGUGCCGUCUCCAGGACACGCCCAGCGCUUCCCUGUUCCAGGAGGAUUGGACGGCGUUCCAGAGCUGCGUCAGGAUCAUUGCCACUUGUGGGGAGCUACUGCGACAGUGUGGAGACUUUGAACAGCAAUUGUCCAACAGACUGCUGACGAGUGGGUCGAAGUACCUGUCUGAUGCCUACAGCCCCCGCAGCCUGGGCGCUGGCCCCGAGCCCGGGGGUAAGGUGGGGGCCAGGAACCCCUGGCAGGAGUACAACUACCUCCAGAGGGGCAACCCCAGCCUGUAUGGCAGCCUGCUGGACCUGCUCUACACCCUCAAGGAGAAGGGGACGGGGAACAAGCAGCUGCUGGGGGAGCAGCGGGGGGCACUGACGCGCCUGAACCAGCAGGCCUACCAGCUGGCCUUCGACUCCGUCUUCCUGCCCAUCCAGAGGCAGCUCCACCUCGUGCCCAAGAUGGAGGCAUGGAGCUCGGGGUCAGCGGGAGAGACCAUGACAGACGACCUGCCCACGUUCAGCCUCUCACCUCUGGAGUACAUCAGCAACAUCGGGCAGUACAUCAUGUCGCUGCCGCUCCACCUCGAGCCGUUCGUCACCCAGGAGGACCCCGGGCUGGAGCUGGCGCUGCACGCAGGCAAACUGCCCUACCCCCCCGAGCAAGGGGACGAGCUGCCGGAGUUGGAUAACGUGGCUGAUUACUGGCUGGGCUCCAUUGCCAGGGCCACCAUGCACACGUACUGUGAGAGCAUCCUGCAAAUCCCAGAGCUCACACCACACUCCACCAAACAGCUGGUCACUGACCUGGAUUACCUGAGCAACGUGAUGGACGCACUGGGGCUACAGCCGUCCCGGGCUCUGCAGCAGGUAUCUAGCCUCCUGAGAGCCAAACCCGAGGAGGUGCGUCAGGCUGCCAAGGGCCUCCCCCGCAGGCUGAGCAGCGCCGUGAUCGCCAUGAGGUGCCUGGAUUACUGAGGGGCUCUCCCACAGCCCCAAUCACAUCCCAGCUCACUGCCGCGUCCAGUGCUCGGCACCAGAAGUCACCGUGCCCUGACCUGCCCUACCCUCCCCAGCCCUGCCCUGGCCUCCCCUCCCCUGCCCUGCCAUGACUGGGGAAUGUGUGACUUCCUCCCACCGACCCACCCACACGUGGAGCCCAGUAGCUUAUUGGUUAGAGGACUCGCCUCCCAAGCGAGAGGAUCUGUGUUCGAUUCGAAACAUUAGGAAAGUUUCCUUACUCCACGCGCCUCUGUUUACCAGUAGUCAGUAGGAACCCGGUUGUUAGUCGAUUGGCGGAUCACUUUUCUGUGGGUAAUAAUCCCUUCAAAAUAUACUAAUAAUUUGGUUUCUCAAUCCACGACUGGAUGUGGGACACUGCUGUGCGCACUGCCCCGCAAGCCACCGGGGGCGGGGGGGCUGGCGGUUUUGAUGAAUAUUUGGUGGCCGCAAAUGAAUAAACACAACUUUCAUUCUGA